UAGCAACUGGAUGCAGGGCCAUGGCACUCUUAACAGCCCAGGGAGUGGAAAGAGUCUUCCAACUUCAGAAACCAGAAGGUCGGGAGCACCUGCGGAGACUGCUGAACUGGGAAGAGUUUGACGAGGUCAGGGACCCCCGCAGAAGCAUCUUGCUGGACACCCUCUAUGAAAGCAUCAUCUUCGCUGUGGGCAAAGGCUUCCCAUGGAGGGAGGUGGCACAGGUGGUCAAGUUCACGGAAGAGCUGCUCAAGGAAACCAAAGGUUGCUCCAUCACCGAGGCCGUGACAAUCCUGGGAAACAAGCUCAGAGAUUAUCAGGGGCAGUUCAACACCACCCACCUGCUGGCCCUGUGCGACUACUUCCACAACACCUUCAUCCGCCACUACAAACUCUACCAGUACGUCCUGGGCCAGGACCGGGAUGUCAACCUGACUGUUGCUAACCUGGAGGUGUGCACGCCGCCCCAGCCGCUCCCACUGGCCGAGGGCAAGGACCGGGAAGUCUGGAAGCAUGAGCAGCAGCUGGAGGGGCUGAGCAGCCGGGUGCAGAGCGGACCAUGCUCCGCUGAGGUGCGCCUAGAAGCGGACCUCAACAUGGCCUCAGCUUUCCCCAGACCCUGUUUACCAGCCACAUUCUGUUUCUUGCAGGAGCUAGAGAAACUCAUCAAUGAGGCCAUUCACAUCCAGAUCGAGUGCCUCAAGGAGCUGCUGCAGUAUGAGAUACAGAUAACCUUUGAUAUUUUGGACCUGAAACUUCAGAAGAAGACUCUAAACCUCAACGCUCCCAUCCCUCCCUUGGUCCCCAUUGCUGGUCAGUCAGGCCAAGACGAAGCUCUUAAGUUGUCCAAAACCAACAAAGGGAAGAAAGCAAAAGCAAAGAAGUAG